GCGGGGCUCCUCUGCCUCCCUCGCCGCGCGGGUCCAACUCUCCCUCACCUUCUCUUUGUGCUUCGCAGGUGCCCGCCUUCCUCGCCGCCGCCAUGCCGCCCAUCCCCUCAGAGCUGAAGCUUGGCAAAAAAAUUAAUGAGGGCAAAACAAAAGAGGUUUAUGAAUUGCCAAAUCUCCCAGGAUGUGUUCUGAUGCAAUCAAAAGACCAAAUAACAGCUGGGAAUGCAGCAAGGAAAGAUCUCAUGGAAGGGAAGGCUGCUAUCUCAAAUACAACAACAAGCUGUGUGUUCCAGUUGCUUCAGGAAUCUGGGAUCAAAACUGCUUUUGUGAGAAAGCAUAGCAGCACAGCAUUUAUAGCUGCUCACUGCGAAAUGAUUCCAAUUGAAUGGGUUUGCAGAAGAAUUGCAACAGGUUCUUUCCUAAAGAGAAACCCUGGCGUCAAGGAAGGCUACCGAUUUUACCCACCUAAAAUUGAGAUGUUUUAUAAGGAUGAUGCAGCAAAUGACCCGCAGUGGUCUGAGGAGCAACUCAUCGAAGCUAAGUUGCGGUUUGCUGGCCUUGAGAUUGGACAAACUGAAGUUGAUAUUAUGGCCCACUCAACUCAAGCAAUUUUUGAAAUACUAGAAAAAGCAUGGCAGCCCCAGAAUUGUACUCUGGUGGACAUGAAGGUUGAGUUUGGAGUUGAUGUCACUAGUAAAGAAAUUGUCCUUGCUGAUGUCAUUGAUAAUGAUUCUUGGAGGUUGUGGCCAUCUGGAGACAGAAAACAGCAGAAAGACAAACAGUCUUAUCGUGAUCUGAAAGAAGUGACUCCUGAAGCACUGCUGAUGGUGAAGAGAAACUUUGAAUGGGUAGCAGAAAAAGUUGAGCUGUUGCUGAAACCACAGAGCCAAGGCAGAGUGGUUGUGCUCAUGGGGUCACCCUCAGAUGUUGGUCACUGUGAAAAAAUAAAAAAGGCAUGUGGAAACUACGGCAUUCCUUGUGAAUUAAGAGUAACCUCUGCCCAUAAAGGGCCAGAUGAGACACUGAGGAUCAAGUCUGAAUAUGAAGGUGAUGGCAUUCCUACAGUAUUUGUAGCAGUGGCUGGUAGAAGCAAUGGAUUGGGGCCUGUGAUGUCUGGCAACACUGCCUAUCCAGUGGUCAACUGUCCUCCAAUCUCAGCAGAUUGGGGUGCUCAGGAUGUGUGGUCAUCUCUAAGGCUUCCCAGUGGUCUUGGCUGUUCUACAGUUCUUUUACCUGAAGGUGCUGCACAGUUUGCUGCCCAGAUUCUAGGGCUGAAUAACCACUUUGUAUGGGCCAAGCUGCGAGCAAACAUGUUGAAUGCAUGGAUCUCCCUAAAGCAGGCGGACAAGAAAAUGAGAGAACGUACCUCCCAGAUGGCUUCUUAAAGCAUCUUUCUGUAUCGGCCCACUGGCACUCACACGCUGUUGUGUUCAAACAAACUCACUUAGCUAGAAGUUCUUACAGCUCUUAUCAGCAAAGUCUGUAGAUUCUACCUUGACUGUAACAAGGCAACCAAUUUUUGACUUUCUAGAAAAUACAGUGAAACUCAUCACUUUACUUUUGUUACCAAUAUAGAAUAAUUCUUACUGAUCAGCCUUGAUGACGCUUAUUAAAGAGAACAGGUUAUUUGCAUUUACUGUUCAUCUGUUAAUUCUAAAGUUUUUAUAUAGAUUAGCAAUACAACAAAGCAAUAGAAGUUUUAAAAGCUUGUUCUGAAAUAUAAUCAGAAUGUGGUUAGCGACAGAUAGGAGGUCAGCUGUUUUUGAACAAGUGUAAAGAAAAAUGUUACAUUAUUUAUAAACAGCAGCCCUUCUGUUGUAGACCAGUGCCUGUUUACCUGUUGCUGGGAAUGUUCAUGUGUGAGUCUUGCUUCUGUAAUUGUAACAGCCAAAGACUUGAAACAGUAUCUUACAGGUCACUGAACCUGUAUUUUAAGAACUAGAGUUGUUAUAGGGGGGAAACAUGAGAACUUUAAAAUUGCUAAAGGAAUAAAACGAACUUUCAUCACUG